AUGAUUCAGGAAGAAAACACUUCCCAGGCCUUAACGGAGGCCCCAGGACUUUCUGGGAAUGACAUCUGCCCUCCUGGCUUCUUCUGCCCCAGGGGAACAGGCAUCCCUGUGCCAUGCCGGCCUGGGUUUUACUCCUCCGCCCCAGGCCUGGCCAGUGAAGACCAGUGCCAACCGUGUCCCCCUGGGCACUUCUGUGACAGCCUUGGACUGUCUCAUACCCUGGAGGCUGAGCUCUGUGACGCAGGGUACAUCUGCCUGGGAGGCAGUGCUGUCCCCUCACCCUCUGAUGGAAUCCAUGGAUACAGAUGUUCCCCUGGCUUCCGCUGUCCCCCAGGGGCCCACAGCGAGCUGCCCUGUGAGCCAGGCACCUUCAGCCCGUUGUCUGGGGCUGACACCUGCUUGCCCUGCCCAGCAGGCACCUACUGCCCAAAGGCCACCAGCGUGGAGCCCACCAUCUGCCCCAAAGGACCCUGCUUGGCUGGUUACUACUGUGGAGGGGGCGCGGCCAGCCCCACUCCCUGGAGAAACUCUGCCUUCCCCCUCAACGGACCCUGCCCCCUCAGCCACUACUGCCCACAGGGGACUCUGCACCCUGUGCCCUGCCCCGCGGGGACGAUGAGGAGCAGCCCAGGUGGCAUCUCUGAGGGGAGCUGUGAGCCCUGCCCUGCUGGUUCCUUCUGCCCCAGCCUGGGCCUCAGUGAUCCCACUGGCUCCUGUGUGGCAGGCUCUGAAUGCCCCUUGGACCCUGCGGCUUCCAGCACCAUGGCUCUCCCCUGCCCUCAGCCUCCUGGCCUCCUGCACUCAUCAUCACCAGCCCGAAGGAAGCACAACGCAGCAACCCUCCUGAGCCCCUGGGCACCCCAACCAUGCUCAGCCUGGCUCUCAGAGGUACCACUUUGUGUUCAAUGCCCAGGGUCACUUCUGCCAGCGAGGGGCUGCUUGGCCUGCCCCAUGCCACCCAGGGGAGUACCAGCCCUCCCUGGGCUCAGAUACCUGCCUCCAGUGUCCUCCUGGCUUUCACUGCCCGCAUCCCGGCAUCAGAGUGCCCAGGCUCUGCCCAGCACACAGCUACUGCCCGGCCGGAUACGGCAGGCCUCCAGGAAGAAGGUGACUGCUCUGUCUGUCCCCCUGGUCACUACUGCAGGUUUUUACUGCCCAGAGGGCAGUGGAGAGCCCACCCUGUGUCCACCACACACCGUGGCAGCCACCCCUGGGGCCAAGCAGCAAGAAGACUGUGAGCCUUGCCCCCCUGGGCGCUGGUGCAAAGCUGGGGACCCAGCCACCCUCCCCUGUCCUGCCGGCCACUACUGCCCUGGAGGGAGGGAGACCCUCCCAGGAGGCCCCCAGGCCUGCCCGGAGCACACGUACCUGACAGCGGAAGGAGGCCAGAGUCGAGCAGAGUGCCGCCCCUGCCCUGCCGGCUACCACUGCCUGUCCCCAGGUCUCUCUUCCUUUGAAGGCCAUCUGUGUCCUCCAGGCCACUGGUGUCCGGAGGCUCAGGAGCUGGGUCUGAGUGUCCUGCAGGUGAGCCUGCCAGCCCUGCCCCCUUCCCAGCCCCUGCCCCUGCCCCUGUCCUGUCCCCACGCCCUCACCCCUGAGGCUUAG